GUGAAAAGGAUCGGGUGCUCCAUCCCGGAUCGCUGCGGGGGGCCGGAGAGGAGAAAGUGCAGGGGCCACAUGCCUUUUGCCAGGCUGCCAUCUACGGCUGGGCCAUUGACACACGACCCAGGAGUGCCACCACGGAUGUACGAGGGGAACCCAAAGCCCUGGCGGAUAUCGGGUUGCCCUUGGACGAAGGGCAGCCGGGUGACCAGUAUCAGGUGCAGCUGCAGGUGAAGGGUCGCUUCCGCUCCGUCACCUGGGAGAGGCUGGAUACCCGAAACGUCCAGCGAAACGGCUUGCCACGGACCAUGGGCCGAUACUUCAUCGCCGGGAGCUGGAACGACUGGCGCCCUGAAGAAAUGAUGCUCGAGGAUGAAGCGGUUGGGCGCUUCACAAUCAAGGCAUCUCUGCCCAAGGGCAAGCAGCGUUUCCAAAUCCUGCGAAACCGAGACUGGCGCCAGCUGAUCUAUCCUGAGACGCGCUACGCGGAUUGCGAGGAUGACGUGCCCGUGAAGGGACCUGAUGCAUCUGGCUACGACAGCUACUGGAGCAUCGAGGUCAUGGCGUCGCGGAAUGUGUUCUUCGUAGAUCUCGAGCUGUGGCCAGAGGCAGCCUUGGCAGCACGCGAGGACGAGCGGAAAGCACGACCAGCCGUGAGCAAGAUGAAGGUGUCCUGGCGCAGUGUAGGCAAGCAAGAGCUAUCCAAGCAGGAGCUCUUCGAGAAUUCGCGACCGAGCUUCUUCCUCGUGGGUAGCUGGGACUGUUGGCUGCGGCGGACAAAGAUGCGCUUCGAUGGUCUGCGCCAGAGCUACGUGGGGCGGGCACCCCGUGCGCUGCGAGGCGGCGACUUGUUCCAGAUCUUGUCGAACGGGGACUGGAACAGCAUCCUUCACCCAAGCGUGCAUGAGGCGGGCCUGGAGAACACCGCCGCCAGUAGAGGUGCCGGCACGCGGGCCUACCCGGCAUGGCGCAUGGACAAGGACGAGGUCAUCGAGGAGGAGACCUCGGCGCGCCGCAGAGCCUCCGAUCGCUUUGAGGUGGUCCUGAACAUCCGCUCGACCCCCUGGAGAGUCUCGUGGCAAAAGAGCUCCUCCGAUGAGCUCGAUGACAGCAGUGAUGAGGACUUGGAUCCCGAGCUCUACGGCCCUCCAGGGGCAGACGGGCU